GUCCUCCUCUUGCGGGACACGGUGUAUAGCUCUCCCGACGAGCGCCGCCGCACGGGCGCCACCUGGUGGCGCGCCCGGCGACCAAACUACGCACCAGCACCAAUCGGACACGUCGUCCGUACUCCUACCUUCGUCUGUCUCGGUUGGCCUCUCGCUUUACGCGCAGAAAUAUCACUGACGUGUCCCCGAGGAUCGACUUACGUGCGUGCAUAUGUACGUUCGUUAGCUGCGUGAUAAUUUCACUUGACGCGCAGAGAGAGAGCCGACGAAAUACCGCCAGUCAUUCGUGACCGUUGAGCUGUGACGUAUCGUAUAGUGCCGUGCGUGUGUCGGUCGUCGAGAUCGUCGAGCAAACAAAAUUAUGGCAUCGGUGCUGAACACCUUCGUCAACUCCUUCAGUAAUUCACUGAACUCUUCUGUCAGGCAGCACCUGAAGAAUGUCUACGGCUGCUUGUCUCUCUCCACUGUGUCAGCGGCUACAGGAGCUUAUGUGCAUAUGAGUACACAACUCCUGCAGGCCAACCUGCUGACGACCAUCGGAUCCUUGGGUCUCCUCAUUGCAUUGAUGUCGACACCUGAUAAUGGCAAGAAUCAAAAACUGCGCCUCGGCUAUCUUCUGGGAUUCACAUUCCUGUCUGGCCUUGGCUUGGGACCCUUGCUCGAGCUGGUGAUUAGCAUAGACCCGAGCAUAGUCGUAACAGCGUUGGUUGGAACAACGGUCAUCUUCGUUUCCUUCAGUAUUUCCGCGCUGUUAGCUGAACGUGGACGAUGGUUGUAUCUCGGUGGCACUUUGAUGAGCAUGCUGAACAUUAUGAUCCUCUUCUCCCUGGCGAAUCUAUUCCUGCGCUCGUAUUUCAUCUACCAAGCGCACUUGUAUGUGGGAUUCUUCGUGAUCUGCGGUUUCGUCAUUUAUGACACGCAACUGAUCAUCGAGAAGCAUCACAUGGGCAGCAGAGACUUCAUCAUGCACUCCUUGGAUCUGUUUAUCGACUUUGUCGGCGUUUUCCGACAUCUUCUUGUGAUCCUUACGCAAAAGGAAUUGUCCAAGGAGUCACGUAAGCGUAAAGAUUGAACGGGCGAUUGGGGGAUGGUUACGGAGCGCAUUCAAGUAAAUCCAUAAACUAGAGGUCUUCAUGUAAUCUAUCCAUACUUAGGUAUCUGUGUAUAUAUACCGGAAAAAUUAUACAAGUAUCUAUAUAUACCACGUCUCAUACCACAUAUAUAUAUAUGCAACAUCUCUUUAGUAAACGAUAUACGACGAGACUAUAUAUAAAUAUAUUUACUAUAAUAAAAAAACGGAAAAAUGUUAGAGAUAUGCGGCCUGUUUAUUCGCGAGGUAAUCGGCAUCCCACGCUGGGUUUAGCGUCCGAUUACGGAGACAAGCCGUAAUUUAUUUUGGUUAUAUAUCUCUCUGAGUUGUGCAAUUCUCCAUUAGAUUCGUAUAUGUGUGUGUGUGUGUGUGUGUGUGUGCGUAUGUGCGUGCACUUGUACACACACAUACAACCUAAAUAUAAAUUAUCGAUAUUUUCAACUUUCAAUAAACAAAUUUCCUCCCCAGAGUUGUCGCAUUUCGCGUAGAUGUUACAGCAGAUGAUAAGAGAACAGUGUGUGAUGUAUAGAACCUUGAAUUCAAAGAUUUGUUUUCACGUGGAUAGUCGCAUUAACGUAACGUAAGAAAUAAUGCGGAUGUUUAUGAGUUUGUGCAAGGUUGCGUGAGGAAAGGAGACCUGCGUAGGAAGUGACUUCCGCUUCGCGUGAUAUACAAGCGUUGAAACUUAUGUACACAUGCGCGCGCGUCCA